UUUCAACCAAAUGACAGUAAUUCAGUGUUUCUAAUCAAGAACAGAGUUGAAUUGGACCGGAGGUUUGGUCCUGGGGAUUACCGAUGCCUGAGCGGUUCACAGCUGCUGGCUACUGGUUUAUGUAGUCCGAGUGUCCUUGCCGUUGCCGUCCUCCAUCCCCUUCCCUUCCCUCUUCUGAUCUCGUCUCCGUCAAUACUGCCGAUCAUGUCCAUGACCUGUCUAAUCCUCUUGAUUCUCUCUUUUGGCGCUGCUGUUGCUGAUAGCUCCAUUGACACUAAGCUUCCGCCAACCAAGAAUACCUUAAGCUCCUCUGGAGAUUACACUCGCGAAGUCCACUCCCUUAGCUACAAUUCCACUCGAUGCGUCUCCGUCAUCACUUCCUGAUCUAUUUAAGAAUUAAUAUAUAAUCUUCAAUUGCGUCUACUCUAGUGGCUGAGCCCUAGGCAGACAGAUAUUGAUGUUUUUGCUUCCGCCUGGAAAAUUAGCUUCUUUGUGCUCACAGUUACUGAGUUUGUCCCAGAAAUACUAAGCUUUGGAAAUUGGCGAUUCUGGGUAAUUUGGAUAACUAAAUGGCCCCAAGAUGGAAAGGCAAGGGAUCAGAAGCCAAAGCUCUUGCAGAUCCUAUGUCAAAGAUUGUUUCACAGCUUUCUACAUCUCUAAUCCAAGUAGAUGCACAUGGGUUACUCUCUGGAUGCAGUGUGCUUCUUGCAGUGGAAACAGAACAGAUGGAACUUCUCACUCGUGGGUGUUUUGGCCGACCUAUUAUUACAGCCGAGAAGGAUAAGCAAUGGUUUCAACUUGGUCCGGAGGAAGCCUUUUAUUUGUUCUAUUCUUUGAAAUGCCUCAAGAUUGUUGGUGAAGAUAAUUGUCAUAAGAAUGCUUUUGAGUUAUGGCAGUACAUGAAAUCCAAAAAGGCAAGUUUCCCUGAUUCUUGCAAGGCUUAUUUUCAUCUUCGAAUGAAAAAUUGGAUUGUGAGAUCAGGAUCCCAGUAUGGUGUAGACUUUGUUGCAUAUUGUCAUCAUCCAUCUUUGGUCCAUUCUGAAUAUGCUGUGCUGGUUUUAUCAGAAGAAGAAAAUGGUGAUAUGAAUGAAAGAUUGAGAUUGUGGUCUGAUUUUCAUUGUACAAUUCGACUUUGUGGAAGUGUUGCAAAAACACUGUUAGUUGUUAGCAUCAAUAAAAAUGGUCAUGGUGCUGUCUCUCCAUCAUGUUUAGAGAGAUUCUCUAUUAAAGAGCACAUAGUCACUAGAUGGAUUCCUGAGCUAAGUCGUGAAGAUCAAUCAACUACUGAAAAAGAAAACCAAAUGCAGAGUCAGACUGGAUUACUGUAGGAGCAUAUACUUAUCACAAUCCUAAAUGAGCUCUUUCUCAGACUGCCAAGCACUCCAGCCUUGCAAGAGUUGCAAGAAUAACAAAGCUGCUGUUGAUCAUUGCUCCAGUUGUUGCAGUCAGUGUUGUAAACUACCCCUCCUUCAUAUGUCCAUAUAGUUUCAUUCACAUACGUGAAACCGCAGUCAGUUGGGGGCUUGCAGCAUCCAGACUACACAAACACACAGGUACAUAACAUUUAGUUGUACAGCAGUAAACAAUGGCAUAAAAAUGAUGUCUGAGUUUUGGUAGAAAAACAGUCUGGUUAGUGGCAUUUUGAUUUGAUCUCUACAAAGAUCACUGAUGUGGGUUCUAACAAUUAGCUUGCUCGAAGUUUUGUAUCUGAAAAAUUUUACAAUAUAACGUUAUAUUUAUAACGAUUUUAUUAUAAGAUUUAUAUUAUAAUGUAUGGUUAAUA